UGCGCACGCAGUCUAUUGUGCGCGCGCCUCCCCUGAAGCUCCCCAGCCCCGUAGAGCUGUUGUUCCCAGUCAGCGGCAAGACAAUCAGACGAACUGCUGGAUUGGGAAAAGACAAAAGAGAAAGUGUGGUUUCUACUUUUUGUUUUAACCCCCCCUUCUCUGUCUGAGUGGGCUCCGCUUCGGUUCCCUUUUUUUGAAAGGAAUCGCCGCCCGCAACGGCUGAACUUUGUCUCUGUGUUGAUGCGCUGACGGGCUAUGGAUUUUGGUUACCACAGACUAGACAAGACAUGCCGUCUAGUCGUCCGCUGAAGUUUUGACUGUCAGCGUCGGUUCUCGACCCCGGAGCGGAGGAGAACGGCGGAGAACUUUUCUAGUUUUUUUUUUAUUUAUUUAUUUUUUAUUUUAUUUUUAUUGGGGGACACGUGUGGAGACAUUCGGACGCAGUUUUUUUCCCCCCUCUUGCUCCAUUCACUCUUCCCCGUCGGGUGAUCCACAUAACGCACCUGAGAUGUGACUGCCCAACGUCGGCUGUAGAUGUGACAAACCCCCAGCCUUGCCCUCCUGCGCCCUUCCCCAACCAGCUGGUUUCCCGUCCUUUCCAUGAAUGCAGUAGUUAAUGCGCCAGACGCUCUGCAAAACUCCACAAUGCAAAUGGAUCGUUGCGAUGAGUUAAAUUGCAGCCUUGUCCACACGCGGAGCAAGUACGGCCAGUACUAUAAUGAAGAUGUCAUCUUGUGCUACUACGCCCACGCCAAGAACAAAACCACCAAUGACACCUGUAAUAAAUAUAAGAAAAAAAACCACCUCGAGGUAUAUGACAUUGUCCUUAUAAUCCUCUGCACCAUCAUCAUCCUCGAGAAUCUCCUGGUCCUGCUUGCUGUCUUCCGCAACAAGAAGUUCCACUCUGCCAUGUUCUUCUUCAUCGGCAACCUGGCGUUCUCCGACUUGCUGGCCGGAUCCGCCUACAUAGCCAACAUAUCCCUGUCCGGAUCAAAGACCUUACAGCUGUUGCCGGUGCAGUGGUUCAUCAGAGAAGGCACCACGUUCAUCGCUCUGACCGCUUCCGUCUUCAGCCUGUUGGCGAUCGCUAUAGAGCGCUUCAUUGCCCUCACCAAAGUCAAAGUGUACGGCUCCUCCAAGACAUGUCGCAUGUUUCUGCUGAUCGGAACCUGUUGGGUCACCUCGAUUCUGCUCGGAGGAAUCCCCAUCUUGGGCGGGAACUGCAUCGGCGACCUGGGUGACUGCUCAGCUGUGUUGCCACUCUACUCCAAGAAAUACAUACUCUUUGUGGUCUCCAUUUUCACCCUCAUACUGCUCUCUAUCGUCAUCCUCUACGUGAAGAUCUAUUUGAUUGUUCGCUCCAGCCACCAGGAGGCAACUAACUCCCAAGCGUAUUCGCUUUUGAAAACCGUCACGAUCGUGCUGGGGGUCUUCAUCGUGUGCUGGCUGCCAGCUUUCACGGUGCUGCUCCUGGAUUCGUUCUGCAGCAUGCACUACUGCCCCGUGCUCGAGAAGGCGGACAUGUUUUUUGGCUUCGCCACUCUGAACUCUGCUCUCAACCCGAUGAUCUACGUGUUGCGCAGCAAGGACAUGAGGAGGGAGUUCCUCCGCGUGCUGUGCUGCUGGGGCGUGCUGCAGAGCGGCCGGCCGGCCGAACGCUGCCUGGUCCAGCUCAAGAGCUCCAGCUCUCUGGAGCAUUGCACCAACAAGUAUGAACAACAGAAAACACCCAUCAUGCCAGCGUGUACCACCUGUGUCUGACUCGGCACAGGCACGCUCGAUGGCUCUGUGUGCACGCGAGAGGGAGAGGCGUCUCGAUGAGGUGGACAGAUGUUGGCAGGGAAGCCAGCACAUGCUGGGACAGGACUUCUGGACCGGUUUGGAGCCAGCUGUUCUGUCGGGACACAUUUGGCGACGCGCCGAGUGCAUUUUCGAAUUCAAGCGGUGCGGCUUCACAGUCAGCGUUUAAGAGUUGCUCUGUUUCAUCUGCGAAACGGGUGUCAAAAACAAAAAAAAGAGGGAACCAAUUGAAUACAUAAAUAAAAAAGUAUUGAGAAAUGUGAAAAAAAAAGAAGCUUUUUAGCUUGGUACUUUUUUCAGUGACUAUAUAGCAAACCAUUUUAAUACUUCUGUUGUUGUUGUUUUUUUUCCUUUUUAAACAUGCAAAUUUGUAUUAAAAAACCGAAAGGGACAGAACCAUGCAUAAUAUCUUCGUUGCGUUGAGCUGUGUCAAUACAACGGUUGCAAAGCUGCACUUUGUCAGUUAGCCUGCAGACGCUCCUGUCUAACCUUCGAUUGCAUCACUCUUCCUUGUACAGACGGGUAUAGAUUCAGCGCACGUGUUAAUAGAGCAAGAGGAAGCAGUUUGCAACAAUGAGCACUCCACAGCACCGAGACCGCACCAAGUGAUCCUUCAGUAAAACAAGGAAUAUAUAUUCUCUGUAUAACCUUGCUUAACCAAAUUGAAUUAGCCCAACCAGACUACAUAAUCAGCUUUAUAUAGUGCAUGAUGAAACUGUAAUGCAUUUGUAAGCGCUAAUGUUUUUGUUAUAUAGUCCAGCUUCCAUCACUAACAACCUUUCUCCCGUGUUCUCUCUUAAACACUCUCUCUCUCUCUCUCUCUCUCUCUCUCUCGUGCUUUUUACCGUCGUCCUCUAAGUCCUAAUUGUUUCCACUGGGGAAGGCCGACUCAGAAAGCACGUGGGGUUAUUUGCCGCUGAUGAAUUUCACUCGCCAACAGCUCUCUACCCGCUUUGACUAAUGAGACAGGUGCCAUGACAGUGUUGUAGCCACGUAGCGGCCAGGUGCCAACUUCGGUUUGGGCCUUCCUCUGAGUUAAAAAAAAAUAAAUAAAGAAAAGGCUGAAUGUAUGAAUGAAGUGUUGGGGGCCUGCCCUCCGUUAUAGACAGUAUUACUGAUCGGGAUUUAAAAUUUCCAAGUCAUUGAGCACACAGAGAGUGCGAUGAACAGGGUAGGUCACCCUCACUGUGAACUUUUGUAUCGCGGAGAACAAGAAAUUAAUUGUGAGCAUCCCGGUUGAUCUUGCUAGCCAUAUGCUUUGUGCGACUAAAAGUGUAAACACCUCUCGUGUUUCCAAAGACCCCUUACUCCCCCCCCUCCUCCCUUACCGCCUCUCUGCGAUGGGAGAAGGUCUGGUUUCGAACGCACAGGAGGCAUCUGCCCCCCUGGGAGAAAUGCUUCUUCGUUCUCUGACAUAAGACAUGCAUCUUCCUCCACUCAUAGGAAGUCCUGUUUUCAACUGUCCGUUUCCUGUUGUUCAGGGUUACACUACCCUUCCUGUAGACAGACGAUGAAAACGUUUCCACACCGUUAGUGUUUUAUUUUUUUUAUUUUUAUUUUUUUAAGAGUCAUAUUUACAUUUAGACAGCCAAGUAGAAAUGGUGAAAAGCACUUUGGCAGCUUCAGUGAUGUUUAAAUUUCCCCCCCACCCACCGACCCCUUCCUUUUUUGCGUGGAACAGUGUUUUAAUCUGUGUAUGACUCAAUGGUUUUGUAUGACAAAUAUUCUGAGUAGCUAUAUAUGUCCGUGAUUGUGUAUCUUUGUACAGUAUGUAUGAUUUCUUCGUGGUAUGAGAUGUCUUGUGUGCAAUAGCUUUGUGUGUGUGUGUUUUUUUUAGCACGCUGCCUGUGUCAAAUUGGUACAAUCCUAAACACUAAUGGAGGUACAUAAACUGUUUUUGUUAAAUGCAUUCCAAUUUUAUAAAAAAUAAAUAAAAUAAAUACUGAAACAAAA